GGGUAUAAAACAGAAAACACCGCUUUUGCCAGCCAAUAUGUGUGUAGUUCCAUUUUGGUAGGCAACAAAGAUCCAUCAGUUCUUGCGCGGUAGACGUUGAGCUUUCCUCGAGUCAUGAGAGUCAGCAUGUUGCUAAAUGCAGUGAUAAUUUGCUGUAUGAUAGUUGUGAAUGCGGAGCCACCUCUCAACAGCUACUCUACUUUUACGGGAGACAGCAAUGUGUACGAUUACAGUAACUCUGUUACCAAUACUGGCUACUUAGGAUCCAAGGAUGGCUAUCAAAAUAUCGAAAGCUUCUACGGUGCCGGAGACGCCGCAAACAAUCAUAAAUUAUCCAACCAUAUCAGCAGCCAUUCGCUAAUCAAUGCCGCUAAUCAAGGAAACAUCGGAGGUGACGCGGAAAACAAUUAUAACGGAUACUCCGCAAACAAUCACGGAAGUGAAUACGCAGGAUACUCCAACACGUACGAGAAUUCUGAUAGAGACACUUACGUUUUAUCUACACGUGCAACGCCCACGUCGUUCAGGGGAUACUCUGGUCACAGCAAUAACGAGGAGCCAGCCUUCAACGCGUACUCGAGCGGUUCCGUUCGCCAGGAUUCCAAUUUUGCCCAGUACAGCGGCGACAACAAGAGAAUACCCGCUUACUCGAGAUACUCCAAGCCUGUACUAGAAAAUUAUCCGGAGGACUCCGCCGACAGCGAUGCCCAAGGAUAUCACGAUUCCUCCGACUCUCCCGGCUACUCGGACGGUGAUCAGUCGACGUAUCCCCGUUACUCGCCGGGCGGCCCGAUCGGCGAGUACUCCUUUGGAAAGCAGAAAGGUGGUCCAUACGGCUUCAAAGACCGCAACAAGUACGGCGAUGCCCACUCGGCGGCGUCCGAAAUGCGUUACACGCGAGGAAACGCGGGGCGUGUGAGCCAUAAUCGCGACGUUUCAUCACACCUGUCGGAUUCUAGACCGAGCGGCCAGUUUUUCAACGCGCAAGGCGUGUCAUCGGGAAAACCGAAUAAAUACAGUUACAAGUACCUGUCUCGCUACACUCCGAAUAGCGGCGUGAGUUACUUGUUGCGCGAGCGCGAUGCUUAUUACGCUCCUUACGGUAAGGGCAAUGGGAAAAUCUUGAUAAUUAAAGAAAGCAGGCCCAGUCACGCUCACUCUGAGUCGUCUUACGGCGACAACGGUGGUUACAGGGGCAAGAACGGUGGUUACGCCACCUUGUCGAAUUUCGAUAGAUAUGGUGGUAGUAGUAAUAAUUAUGACGACGGUCCCACUAUGCCCAGACGGUACAGGUACGCUGUUGGUCCUAUGGUCAUCCAGAGGACUGUUUAUUCUUGAUUUGUUUGGCGUAAGAUUGUAUUUAAAAGAUGUAACGCGUACACGUAAAUGUUACAGAUUUGUAUAUAUAUUUAUUUUAUAAGUAUCUUGAUGGGAAGCUGCUUCGAUAUGUUAAUCAGAAUAAAGACGUUAAUUGUUUUAUA